CAGCCCGCCGCAGUGCCAAUCGAGCGGACGACGAAGACGACAAAACGCUAGACACAAAUCGGAGAUGAGGCAGCGGGUCUUCACCGGCGUUGUGACACAGCUGCAGGACCACCAUGGCAUAGUAGACCAGGAGGUGCGCUUUCCCAUAAGUGUUGUUGUAGGGAGGGUGCCCUUGGUCGGCGAGAAGGUGCUGGUAAAAGCGGUGCAGGAUCCAUUGCAGCCGGUCAACUGGACAGCCCAAAGAGUGCAGGCUCUUAAUGGGCAGCCGUUCAAGUCGCCUCCUCCCCUGUUACCUUCCAUGUCAGCAAACAUGAAACCAGGCAUUUUGGGAAACAAACCUCAACCAUUGCUGAAAUCCCCCAAAAUUCCUCCACUUAUACCAACUAUGCAACCAAAUCCAGGCGGCAUGCACCCAAUGCCCCAUCACCAGCAAAUGCCAUGGGCCUUUGAUGGCUGGGGCGGAAACAGGAAGAGGCACAGUGAGGCUGUGGGAGGACGACGAGGUGGACGCUGGGAGGAAGGUGGAAGUUCUUGGGGAGGCGACAGCACACACCAGAAGAGACGGAGAUGGAGGGCCACGCCUGAGGAAGAAGCACCAAAGAAGAGCACACCUGUAGCCAGCCAGUGCAUCCCUCUCUUCUCCUGUUUUCCACGAGACAGCCAGGCCUUGGACAGUCUGGAACUGCAGCGGCGCUACCCGCACCUCCACGCUCCUGCCUCACUCUUUCAUGUGCAGCUCUGCUGGCCAGAGAGUUUCCCUCCUAGCCAGCCUCUGCCCCUCGCAGGGCCCUGCUUCUUCCAUGUGGGUGCCAGCCAGGCAAAAAUGGAUGUUUCAGAAUCCACAGACUCCACUGACACAAGUUUCUCGGUUAAGGUGAUGUUACUGUCCAUGCCUGAUAUAGAGGACUUGUACUCUCAAUGUUGCAGCUGUUCAGAGGAUGGCCAGGCACAUGGGGAUAUAGUCCACCCUACAACACUUUUCAAGUUCCUGCUGCUGGAGAAAGCAGGGGAGCUGCAGCUCCCUGGAGGUCCUUGGUCUCCCAGAGUGGACGGUUCCAAUCCAGCCAAGGAUAGCAGCGUUCUGAUCCGCACUGCAGUCCGCUGUGUUAAAGAGCAGACUGCUCUGGAUCUUGCAGCUUGUACACAAUGGCACAAAAUGGCCGAGCUGAGACUGCUCACUGGGAAUAAAACGGAGACUGUUGUGAUCUUGCUGCCAGAUGUGUGGAAUCUAGUACCGACAGCAGAGGAGUGGGCCAAGUCACGGAACGAGCAGGAGGAUGAUGAGUCUCCUCUCCCUGAAGCACCCUCCCUGGUGGUCCAGCCCUCUGCAGGCCUGACACUGUCAACCGUCUCCCUCUCUUCUUUACUGGAGCGGACUAAGGAUACAUUUGAGGUUUGUUUGGUGGGCGAGCUGUUCAGCGAGAUGCUUCAGAGGGACUUUGGACUGCAGCUGUACCACUCUCUCUGUAGCCUGCCUCCGAGUCCAGGUUUUCCUCAUUCCAAAUCUAAAGCCGAAGACAACAGCACUGCCGCGGAAGAGGAGCCUAAAAAGACAGACAAGCAGGUGAAAAAGAGAGGAGCUAGUGAUUCUAAGAAAAAGAGAACAAAAGAAGAGGGGAUGGAGGAGGAAGAAACUGUAAUGAAGGACGAACAGGACCAACAUGAAAAGCAACCAGAUAAUCAGAAGGAAAGCAAGAACCAAGCAGUGGGUGAAGAAGAAAUGACCAGUGGCACCUCAGACAAUCAGUCACUCAAGGACAAUGACCAGCCCGUGGGACAGUGUGUAGAGCUACCUCGCAGGGUCCUCCUCUCCUGGGUGUUUUUUGACCGGCAGCUCACAGGCCACUUGAAAGAACAGGACCUGCAAAACAUUCUGCUGUCCCUCGGGCUCUACCUCAACACUGCUCAGGCACAGAACCUUGUUCAAAAGGCAUCAGUUGGUGGGCAGUGCCUGUACCGCAAACUCUGCUCUCGCUGGAUAGACCCAGAGGAGGUGGCGUACGACCUCAGUGCUGAGGGAAAUAAAAGUUUGCUGCCUGGCCUGCCUGCUAAGGAGAGAGGCUCUUCUCGUCGCUCAUCCAGCAGCACUAACUCUGAUGUAGUCACCUACAAAGGGACAGUGGUGAACAUUCCCAACCUGCUGCAUGCCCUUGAGAGCAGCAAGGCAGCGCAGCAGGAGCUGGAGAAACGCAUCGCAAGUCUGCACGCUACACUCGAGGCUGCUGAGGCAAAGCAGGAGUCUGAUCAACAAGAGCAGCUGAAGAGUAGGUUAGAGAAAGCCGAGACGCUCAACAAGGCCUACGAGAAGAGCCUGAAAGAGAAUGCUGGCCACAUGCUUGACGUCAUCGAGAAGAUGCAGAAAAUGGUAGACCAGACGACAAUCCUUACACGGACAAAGGAGACAAAAGGAACAAAGGACUAACAGUCUGCUCUUAGAAAAAAACAGGAACAUUUUUAAUUUAUAAAUCUGUAUUUUUCAGCUGUGUUGAACUCCAUUUGGACAUGGAGUAUUUAUGGGAUUUUUC